AUGUGUGCGAGAGCUUGCUUUGCCCUCUUCCCCUAAAGAAGCUUUCCUGGAAGAAUGACCCACAAGUGAAUUUCUGCUACUUCCCUUUUCCGGUGGGCUGGACCCCCAGAAGACUUGGUGUUUUUUUUUUUUUUUCCAAGGGAUUGCUGGAUUCCUGGAUAGUGAAGCCAAAUCUACAGGCAGUUGGUUGGGCCAUUCUGAGCCAUGUCUUGUCCUGCCAGGGUUUCUGGGCCACAGGCAAACACCCGCUGGCUUAAACCACAGCACAAAGGGGAACAAACUGCCUGGCAGUGGCUUCUCCAGAGCUGUGGUAGGGGCGUCUGCUCUCUGUUGGCGUUGGAGCUCAGUUCCUGUCAUUCUUCCUGAUGCUAUUAGUGUGUGUUAAUAGCAGUGCUCUGUUAAACAUUGUAUCUAAAAUGUAUAAAUUAAGGUUGCAAUAGAAGUCUUCAACUGCAGGCAGAGUGAAGAAUUGAAGUAUUGUAAUCAUAGGGCUGCAAUUAUGUAACUGGAUUCUCUUUCUCUCUGGAUAGCAGGCUCCUUUAAUUGCUGUAACAAAGCUACUCCUUCAGUUUUCUGGGACUGUUCCAGGAAGCGAUCAUUGCAGCAGAUUUUCUUCACUCCCCAGUAGAGCUAAAAAUGUGUACUUUCACUAUUUCAAAACAUGCUUGGUAGUAUCACUCAAGACUUACAGCACUGUGAAAGGAUUUAAGAAACUUAAUGGUGCUCCGCAGGCUUAAUUGGAGGCACUCUUUGCCAUUAAGAAGCUUAUUCCCACAAAGUUUUAAUAUGCUCUGGUAAGAGCUGCUGCCAAGGUGAGCAGCUGCGGGCCUUCUCAGUGCAGACCUUUGCUUGAUGGGUCCCCCAGAUAACGUGUGUGUCCUGACUGGGCCUCACGUGUGGCUUGGGAGCGAGGGGUCUGGUGCCCAGAGGGGUGUUGGAGUGUGCCAGCCAGCAGCAGGACUGCACAGGGCUCCUUCCCCAGGGCCUGUGCUUGAAGGAAGGCUGCAGGGCUAGGAUUGCCAAAUCCCCAUUUUCUAGAAUAAUAUGGACUGCGCUGGAGACUUCCCAGUGCUGAAGGCCUCCCUGGAAAGGCUGUGGCAGAUCGAUGUGUAAAUGGCUUCAGUGACUGGUAUGAAGCACCUGAACUAACUUACAGAAUGAAUGGGGCUAAAUGCUUGGCUCCAGUAGAUACCACUUUCUAGUUUCUCAAAGGUCAUGGGCAGCACUAGCAUGCUGGUUUCUAGCAUCUGUGUGGUGGUUUACAGGCAAGGGGAGGAAAAGGAGGCUGCUUUGCCAGGCCCUGGCUGUGCUAGCUCUGUGAUGGGGCUUGCUCCCCCCUGCCCCUGUUUCUAGGCUGCAGCAUGGUGUUAACCUGGUUCUGGCUUGUCAGACCAGCUUUGUCCCGUGGGAACAGCUGAAGUCUGGGUUUCGGUGGCAAAGCGGCGGUGAGGGGAUGAUGACAGGCUGAAUGUGGACCAAUGCUCCUUCCAGGCUAAACCGGCAGCAGUAGCUGUAACUCCUGGCACAGGGGGGAAUAAAAAGCACUGCUGCUGUUAACCUGCUUCCUGAGCCUCCCUGCUGGAGAUGGGCAGUCUGGGGCCCCUUGCUUGCAAGGCUCUGAACAGAUGAUGCUCCAAACCACUGGUGCACCUGGAAGGCAAACUUGGCAGUAGCCUAUUGAUGUAUAGGAGGGCUGUGGCUCUCUGCAGAUCCCGUCUCCUCCCACACAGUUCACGAUGUCUGACAGAAAGGCUGUGAUCAAGAAUGCGGACAUGUCCGAGGACAUGCAGCAGGAUGCUGUAGACUGUGCUACACAGGCAAUGGAGAAGUACAACAUAGAAAAGGACAUUGCAGCGUAUAUAAAGAAGGAAUUUGACAAGAAAUACAACCCAACUUGGCACUGCAUUGUUGGCAGAAACUUUGGCAGCUAUGUAACACAUGAGACAAAGCACUUCAUCUAUUUUUACUUGGGUCAGGUUGCAAUUCUUCUCUUCAAGUCUGGAUAGGAAGUAGGAGCGAGUGAAAUUUGGACUGUAAUGCACUGAUGGCUGAAGCCACGACUCCCUUUAACAUGGCUAUGCCGCUGCAUGGACUGUAUACUAUAUUUAAUGUGUAUAUGUUGCAGUAAAAAUCUACUUCUGUUUAGUUGCCUGGGAAGAAGGCGGCAUUUUUUUGUUACUGCUUUUUUUGGUUGUAUUGCACUAGGAAACCUGUAAAUGCUUAAACAAUGGCCUUUACGUGGGAAGAAAUAAAACUAUUCCACAACAGCUCCCUCAGUGGUAACUCCUUCUUUGAGGCUGGGAAAACUUCUUUGGGCAGGCCAAAAGACCCUGACUUCCUUACUGAGUCUUUAUAAUUAUUAUUAGACUGUUAAUCUUGUAACGAGGAGCAAAGCCAGUGUGAGCCUCUGUACCCACCCUGCAGACUGUAGAGAGCUGGCUCUCCCAGUAACCUCAGUGCAGGUACUUAGACCUUCCCUGAAAGCUGAUGGGGUGGCUCUUGAUUCCGUGGCUUUCACACACAAGUUGAACUCCACCUCGGACUGUGAUAAACAGACUUGCAGCUGGCACCCUCGGUGUUCUCUUUCAGUGCCCAUCACUGUAUUUUUGGCUCUGCUGAAACAUUGACCUAGACUUGUAAGCAACUCAGCCUGGUCUAGAAGACUUCAACAAACAUCCCCCCGAGUUGCUGCUUGCUGCAGAAAGCAGCAUCCUGUGGCUGAAGUCUUUAGACCUUAACACUGAGAUCUAAAGCCAAGUAGCCUGUCCCCGAAAUGGAGUAGGAUAUCAAAUUGGUGACUACUGACAACAGCUCUAUUUGGCGUGUUCUUAGCCAGUUGUCUCAACACUGCCUUAACUUGAUGCUCUCCUUAAAGCAAGCUAGUCGUGUGGAAGACUUGUAAGUGGCCACUGUCUCCUUUUUUUUUAUUUUCUGUAGCUGAUAAGCUAUUUCUGGAGGACUGUCCUCCAUGUUCUGAUAUCUGCUUUUGUUCUUAAAGCACAGUACCAAGAAGUUUAAAUUUACAUGUGAUGUUUGUGUGAAGGAAACUCAUGUGACAUCUGCUUCAAAGGCAGACAAAUGUCUUGGUCUCCAAUAGGUUCAGCAUUUGUCUUAGUAUGUACUGACUCUUGGAUUACACUGCAGGAAGUUCUUUUUAUCUGGGUGAGGAGCAAUGCUGUGUGAUGGCAAAUAAAAUAUCUGGUGCUUGUCCUAAGGUCUAUUUAUUGGUUUGUUAACUAAUGCAUAGACAAUGUCGCUGGGCUGGUGAGCCUAACUUUUGUCUCUGAGAUGGAUUUGGUGUUGGUAACAAGUCACUGCUGGGGGAGAAAGAGCAGAGCGAAGGGAGCUCUUCAUUGCGAAAUGACCCAGGUUGACUACUUCCUGAAGUAAAAGUCCUUCUUGUCUCUGUGCAAAAUCCAAAGUAUGCCUAAUUUUGUAAUAUUGAUAGAACAAUGUUGUAACUAGAAAGAAUGUAGCUGUCAUAACUUCAUGUUGAUGGAAAUGUCUGCGCUGGGGUAAUGUGCCUUGGACUGUCUGGGGCACUCUUGUGGUCUUGUCUAUUCAGAACUCCACUCUGGAUCUGAAAGGAGAAUGUUUUGGGUUUGUGGUUUUUUUUUUUUCCAAGCAUGAGUCUAAUGUGAACCUGUUCACGGUCUCUCGUGGAGCAAGAUCUGUUCCCUUCAUAACUGCAAUGGCUCAAAAACCAUUUAUUUUUUUCAAACA